AACUGGGAACUGGGAACUGGGAACUUCUUUUGUUUUCUUCUCUUCUUCAAUUAUGCCUCUCUAUGCACUCCUCCUUCCUAUUUUCGUAAUGGGGUCUCCGUGAGAUCGAGGGAAGUCUUGGAGGGAGAAGAAAUUUGGGGGUUUCUUGAGUAAUUGUCAGUUUGUUUACACAAAAAGCGAGCUUAUAAUUGUGUCUUUCUGUGGGACUUUAGUAUGAGGUUGCUGAGAGUGGGGGAGACAAAGGAGGAAGAGGAAUGGUAGAAAAGACAAGUGCUGAGAUGAGUAUGAAGAUGCAGCAGGGCCACCACUCAGUGGCUGUGAGGUAUAAUGAGCAAAUUGGAAGCAAAAAAGGGGUCACCUUCAUUCAAGCCAACAGGGCUUGGCUUCCCAAGUUCUUGUUGCUUUGGGUUCUGUUGGUGGCAUUCAUUAGUAUGCUGAUCUACAAGGGAAUGGAGGCUGACAACAAGGUUAGAAGAAGGGAAGUCUUGGGGAGCAUGUGUGACCAGAGGGCAAGGAUGCUUCAGGAUCAAUUCAGUGUCAGUGUCAACCACGUCCAUGCUUUGGCUAUUCUCAUUUCCACUUUCCACUACUUCAAGAACAUAUCAGCAAUCGAUCAGGAAACUUUUGCUGAGUACACAGCCAGAACUGCUUUCGAGCGGCCUUUGCUCAGUGGUGUGGCAUUUGCGCAAAGAGUGGUGCACUCGGAGCGAGAGAAAUUCGAGAUGCAACAUGGUUGGACUAUAAAAACGAUGGAAAGGGAAGCAUCGCCUAUAAGGGAUGAGUAUGCGCCAGUCAUAUUUUCCCAGGAAACUGUUUCCUACAUUGAAUCUCUUGAUAUGAUGUCUGGAGAGGAGGACCGUGAAAACAUUUUGAGAUCAAGAGAAACAGGUAAAGCUGUUUUAACGAGCCCUUUCAGACUACUGGGUUCUCACCAUCUUGGAGUUGUGCUGACGAUCCCUGUUUAUAAAACCAAGCUUCCGGCAAAUCCAACUAUGGAUGAGCGAACUCGAGCAACAGCAGGUUACCUUGGUGGAGCAUUUGAUGUGGAAUCACUUGUCGAAAAUUUGCUUGGGCAACUUGCUGGAAAUCAGGCUAUUUUGGUGCAUGUAUACGAUAUCACGAACUAUUCUGAUCCCCUAGUAAUGUAUGGUCAUCAAUAUGAAGAUGGAGACAUGUCUCUUUUGCACGAAAGCAAAUUAGAUUUUGGAGAUCCAUUUAGGAAGCAUGAGAUGAUAUGCAGAUAUCAUCAGAAAGCACCAACAUUAUGGACGGCACUUACUACUGCAUUCUUAUUCUUUGUGAUUGGAUUGUUAGUGGGAUAUAUAUUAUACGGUGCAGCAACUCAUAUCGUUAAAGUCGAGGACGAUUUCCAUGAAAUGCAAGAAUUGAAAGUUCUAGCUGAAGCUGCUGAUGUUGCAAAAUCUCAGUUUCUUGCCACCGUCUCUCAUGAAAUCAGGACACCCAUGAAUGGCAUCCUUGGAAUGCUUGCUCUACUUCUAGAUACGGAAUUGAGUUCAACUCAAAGGGAUUACGCUCAAACUGCCAAGGCCUGUGGAAAAGCACUGAUAGCGCUAAUAAAUGAAGUGCUUGACCGGGCGAAAAUUGAAGCAGGGAAGUUGGAGCUUGAGGCGGUUCCUUUUGACCUUAGAUUGAUACUAGAUGAUGUUCUGUCUUUGUUUUCUGAAAAGUCACGGCACAAGGGAGUAGAGUUGGCAGUGUUUGUUUCUGACAGAGUUCCUGAAAUCGUUAUGGGGGAUCCUGGAAGGUUCAGACAAGUAAUCACAAAUCUUGUGGGCAACUCUGUAAAAUUCACAGAACAAGGACAUAUAUUUGUCAAAGUCCAAUUAGCCGAACAAUCAAUGGCUUCUACGAAUAUCAAAUCUGAAACUCAUGUGAACGGAAACUUAGAUGAUGGUGCAUCCUACAAUAAGCAUCAGUUUCAAACCUUAAGUGGAUGUGAGGCCGCUGAUAACCAAAACAGUUGGGAUACUUUCAAGCAUCUCAUUGCAAAUGACGAACGGCCAAACACUUCAAGCAAUUUUACGGUUACGAAUGAAAGUUCUGAUAUUGUUACUGUUAUGAUAUCGGUGGAAGAUACAGGAAUCGGGAUUCCCUUAUGUGCCCAAGGUCGAGUCUUUACGCCCUUCAUGCAAGCAGAUAGCUCAACCUCUAGAAACUAUGGUGGAACUGGUAUUGGCUUAAGCAUCAGUAAGUGUCUGGUAGAACUAAUGGGCGGUCAGAUAACCUUUGUAAGCCGUCCCGAGGUUGGAAGCACCUUCUCAUUCACUGCUGUGUUUGGAAAAUGUGAGAAGAAAGCGACAGUCGACAUUAAAAAGCCUAAUUUGGAGGAACUCCCUUCUGCAUUUAGAGGACUGAAAUCUGUCGUAAUUGAUGGGAAACCAGUUAGAGCUGCUGUGACCAAAUACCAUUUGAAGAGACUUGGCAUCCUGGUGGAAGUUGCCAGUAGUGUCAAGAUGGCUGCAGCUUUAUGGGGAAAAAAUGGCUCUGUUAGAUCAAGUAAUAUCUUUCAGCCGGACGUAAUUUUUCUUGAGAAAGAUAUCUUUUUUUCAAGUGAGGAACGUGGUUCUUCUAAUCUACUUCAUCAACUAGACUGGAAGCAGAAUGGUCAUGCCUUUAAGUUGCCGAAAUUAAUCCUUCUCGCGACCAGCAUAAGCACGGAUGAAUUUGAUAAAGCGAAGGAAGCAGGUUUUUCAGACACCUUGGUCAUGAAACCACUAAGAGCAAGCAUGAUAGGUGCAUGUCUUCAACAGGUGCUUGGCUCGGGAAAGAAACGGCAGCUUGGAAAGGGCACGGCAAAUGGGUCCAACUUUCUUAGAGGUAAGAAAAUAUUGGUCGUUGAUGACAAUAUGGUGAACCGAAGAGUCGCUGCAGGUGCCUUGAAGAAAUUUGGUGCCGAUGUAGAGUGUGCUGAGAGUGGAAAAGCUGCUCUGACAUUGCUUCAACUUCCACACAGUUUUGACGCUUGCUUUAUGGAUAUUCAGAUGCCAGAAAUGGAUGGAUUCGAAGUGACCCGAAGAAUCAGGCUGAUGGAGAGCAAGGCAAAGGAAGCAGUGGUUAGAGAAUCUGGUGGGAAAGAAAAUGCAAGGAAAGAUGAGUGGCAUGUUCCAAUAUUAGCCAUGACCGCGGACGUUAUUCACGCAACGUGCGACAAGUGCCAGGCAAGUGGGAUGGAUGGAUACGUAUCAAAACCAUUCGAGGAAGAGAAUCUGUACCAGGCAGUUUCCAAGUGUUUCGAUUUAAAGGCCAUCACGGAUUCUUGAGUCAUGGAUUUUGAGGUGGAUGAAAGUGUGAAGUCAGUGGAAGGACAUUUGUUCUGGGUUGGUUAGUACAUUUUAGAGCAGAUGCUCACAAGGCUUGAUUUCAAGGAAUCUUGAUCAAUGGAAGGGGCCAUCAUUUUUGACCAAAAUGUUGUACUUCUGGGCAUUUCUACAUUACUGUCAGACCCUGCUGCUGCUGCUGCUGCAUCUUCCUUGUAUGUGCUGUGCUGUGCUGUUGGCACCUUUUAGUUGUGGCUUUUGUGCUGGGGGCUGUAAAGGGUGUACAUUCAUUAUGAUUAUUAUAUGCUUGCCUUGUCAAAAAGAAGGUCUUGUAGCUGAUUUUGUAUAAUUCUGUUGAACAGGAUAUGAUGAGUGAAGAAUUUGAAUGCAUGGAGGAUGCACGAAUGAUCUUGUAA